AACUACCCUUGCAAUUGUAGAAUAAACCUUCUUUAAAUGGUGGUGUGGGGAUGAUGUGCUCGUUGAGUGAACAAGGAAAGCAGCUAGCUAUCCAGGUGUCUAAUAUCCUAGGGAUGGAUGUGUGUGGCAUUGACCUAUUGAUGAAAGAUGACGGCUCCUUCUGUGUCUGCGAGGCCAAUGCAAAUGUAGGUUUCAUCGCCUUUGAUAAGGCUUGUAAUCUAGAUGUAGCUGGUAUCAUAGCGGACUAUGCCGCCUCCCUCCUGCCCUCUGGCCGGCUCACCCGGCGUAUGUCCCUGCUCUCCGUGGUGUCCACGGCCAGUGAGACUAGUGAGCCGGAGCUGGGUCCCCCAGCCAGCACUGCUGUCGACAACAUGAGCGCAAGUUCCAGCUCUGUUGACAGCGACCCUGAAAGCACGGAGCGAGAGCUACUCACCAAGCUCCCAGGGGGCGUAUUCAACAUGAACCAGCUGAUAGCCAAUGAAAUCAAACUCCUGGUGGAGUGACUCCACCGGUAAAUAAUUAACCAACAAAACCCUUGUAAAACUCACUUUCUUUUUCUUCUUUUUUUUUUCUUUCUUUCUUUUUUUUUUUUUUAACCAACUUGCAAUGCUGUUCAUGGAAGGUACUCAGGAAGAUGAGAGAAAAUUGAUUAGAAUUAGUUAGGAGAGAAGAAAGGGGAAAUAGACUAGACCUCUACUGUUGUUACUGACUUCCAUUUACAGAUACUACAGAUAGAAAGGCAGAAGAGGUGAGAUUCAGAAAAACGUCAGGCUCUUAUAGUUAACCCCCCCCCCCAUAGUUACCCUUUUAAAUUAAUCAAAAAUAUGUAGCUCUCAGGCCAUGAAAAACACAGUUUUUUUUCAUGGUCCCUUGCUUUUGCUUUUGUACAGUUCCUACAAAUUUUAGCAUAGCAUAACUCACAUUGUGUUGCAAAGAUGUAACGAGUGAGAAAAACAUCUACCUAAAUUACAGAAAUUUUUACAUGCAAAUCUGAAAAUUCUGACUUUACCAUAUUAACUAGCAACUUUAUGUUCAUAGUUUAUGAAAUCUUGAGCUCUUUUACUGGGAUUUAUGAUUUUUGGUUUUUGGUUUUCCCUUAAUUUGGGUGGGAGGGCAACAUUAAUAUGACCCAAUAAAGGUCUUUUAAUGACAAAACUGGCAUUUUUGCAUGAUGGGGAAAUGAACAGUAUUGCAAUGUCUGGUACACAAAAUGACAUUUACUCCAAUGUAGAUAAAAUUACACUAGUUUAAAAUAUGUGCAUUGACUUGUAUUUGUUAGUGUUUUAAUCUUUUUGAAAGAUAUAUGCUCUGUUAAUGUUGCAAAUUUUUUUUAAUACAUGCUAGUCUAACAUUCCCUGAACUAUGCCUGCAUCUUUAACAAUGGCCAAAGUGAAGAAAGUGCUACCUUUUUUGUUAACAAGACACUGACUUGAAACAUG